AAGCUAAGCUAAGCUAAGCUAAGCUAAGCGUAUUAACCCCAUCAGUAACCACAGUAUUGAAUGCUGGUGCUGUCAUCUUUUGACUCCCUGGUUGCCCUUUUCCUUCUUUUUGGUCAGAGCGUCUUCUUCACCUCCCCCCUCCCUCCUGCCCUCCUACGGGUCCUUUUUCUAUAUAUGCACAUAGGCAAACCUUCUUUCCUUCGAAGCUCAUUUGUCUCAGGUCAAUAUUUGUGUCUUAAAAUUAGGGAAAGAGAGAAAGAAAAGUGGCGAAUAGCUUUAGGUAUAGCUGCGAGGGAGAAGAGAUCCAUCGAAGACGAACAUAAAAAUCUCACACAAGAAGAGAGAGAGAGAGAGAGCAAUUUGGUGGAUAUGGGAAGACCACCUUGCUGUGACAAAAUAGGGGUGAAGAAAGGGCCAUGGACACCUGAAGAAGAUAUCAUGUUGGUUUCUUAUAUUCAAGAGCACGGUCCUGGGAAUUGGAGGGCUGUUCCUACUAACACAGGGUUGCUGAGAUGCAGCAAGAGUUGCAGGCUUAGAUGGACUAAUUACCUUAGGCCGGGCAUCAAAAGAGGCAACUUCACAGACCAUGAGGAGAAGAUGAUAAUUCAUCUCCAAGCUCUCUUGGGCAAUAGAUGGGCAGCCAUAGCCUCGUACCUCCCUCAGAGAACAGACAACGACAUUAAGAACUACUGGAACACCCACUUGAAGAAGAAGCUCAAAAAGCUUCAAUCAGACAAUAGUGAUGGCCAUAGUGCUACAGGAGAUGGUUCCUCGGCAGCUUCACAGCCAAUUUCAAGAGGCCAGUGGGAGAAAAGGCUCCAAACUGACAUUCACACGGCCAGACAAGCCCUUUGUGAGGCCUUGUCCUUGGAGAAACCCAGCGCUUUGACAGAAUUCAAGCCUCUCAGCACUGGCCACAAUGCAUACACCAAACCAAUCCAAGCUUCGGCUUAUGCGUCGAGCACCGAGAACAUAGCCCGGUUGCUCCAGGGAUGGAUGAAAACAUCCCCCAAAACGAGCUCCACUUGCACUGAGAAUUCGAUCUACAACGCGACGGGAAAUGAUUCAACUUCUAGCACUGAAGGGUCUGCUCAGGAAAAGCCAGAGAAUUGCUACGCUGUUACUGGGAGUCAUGGAUUGUCUAGGCCAUUCGAGUCGCUGUUUGGGUUUGAGUCUUUCGACUCUUCGAACUCUGAUUUGUCCCAGCCCAUGUCGCCCGACGCUAGCCUCCUCCAAGACGAGAGCAAGCCUAUGGUUCCCGGCGGCAAUGUCCCGCUGUCAUUGCUUGAGAAGUGGUUGUUCGAUGAAGGCUGUGCUCAGGGGAAAGAGGACUUUCUUGGCAUGUCAUUAGAUGAAAACGCAGAUUUGUUCUGAAGGGGCUCUGGUUUUGGUUGCUACUCAAUAUUGUUGAUUAGUUUUUCUUGUUACUCUCUUAAGUCUUUAAUUAAUGAAUUCAUUGAUGAUGAGAUAUCACGGAGGAGAAAUUAUUAGGUUAGGUUACGUAGUUAUGUCAUACUUUAGACAACGGAUCAAAUUCUUAGAUUUGGGGUGAUUUUUAACAGAUGAAUAUUUAUUUACUCUGAAAAUCACUUAAAAUCAAGGAAUUGAUUGGAUGUCUAAAAUGUUGUUAGGUUAUGCUAACCUAAUAAUUUCUCAUCUAAAAGUGAUUAAUGGUCACUCCUUUUGUGCUACUGAAGUGUAAAUCACACAUUGUACGUUAUUAUGCAUUAAUGCAUGGGAAUAAUUUCUAAUCAGUUUAUAAUU